GGCAUUUGUCCAUAAAUGAUUGGGAGAUCAGGUUCUGUUUAUGAUCAAAUGAGUUGUUUAUUAUCAUCUUUGUUAAAAAGUCAGCUAUUGCAUGGAUGGAAUGUGAGCAUAUGGUUCCAGAUUGGAUUGCAGCAUUUCAAACUAUUGGAACACCAUGGUGAUUCCAGACUCAGAUUUAUUUGCCACCACAAACAACAAAACCCAAGCUGGAGUUGAUGUCUAUACAGCUGAGGAGCAUCUCCAUGAGCUUCAGUUUUUGGUGACCGGAGAUCCUAAAAUCUUGAUCAAAAAGGACAGCCUGCAAAAGGAGAAGCAGAUUCGGGUUGAUCCUAUAUCGCUGAGAGAAUCAUCGCUGAGACAAGCUAGCUUUGAUAUAUUGAUGCCGCCUAUAGUUACGGCCCGAAACUCUCCACCACCUCUGCUGCCUGCAAAUCCUAGGUUCGUUAGCUGCAGUCUCCCCACCUCAGCCUCCUCGUCCCCACGAUUCAGUUUGAAUCAUUUGAAGAAGAAAUGGAGAAACGAAGACCAAGAAUCUUCCCAAAAAAUCGAUCUCCUUGCUCAUCAGCGCUCAUCCGCACAUUCGGUGCAACAGGUAAUCAAUUUACAGAGGAGUCGAUCUUGUGCUGAAGGAAAAGCUUGUGAACCAUCUGAUGAAUUUGAUCUCUGGUUCAGUAAACCAAAUGCUACCAAGCAUGACAACAACAGGCAUCAUGAAAGCUUCAACAAAACUGAGAGGUCCGAGACCAGGAAAGUUAUUCACAAGAGUGGUAAGAACAUUCAGCAUCAGGAUGAUGAAUUUAAAUGCGGUGCCCUUUGUCUGUACCUCCCAGGUUUUGGCAAGGGAAAGCCAGUGAGAACAAGAAAGGUAGGACCAGAGAUGGAAAAUGUGAUAUCCAGGACAGUUUCCUUGGAAAAAUUUGAAUGUGGAUCCUGGGCUUCCUCAGCUAUACAUGAUGAAGAUGGAGACUCGACGAAUCUAUACUUUGAUCUGCCACUUGAGUUGAUUCAGAGUAGCGCGAAUGAUGCACAUUCACCAGUCACUGCAGCUUUCAUCUUCAACAAGGAUCGCAGAGGGGCUCUCAAGCAUGGUUCAACCAGAGAAACUGCCAGAAAAUCCCAUGAAUCCUCUCGCCAUGUUCGGUUUUCACCAUCAUCUCCAACUUCAAACCCUGCCUCACCAGCUUCUUGCAUUACCCCACGCUUGCGCAAGGCAAGAGAGGACUUCAAUGCCUUUCUACAAGCACAGAGUGCAUAAACCAUUGCAUUGUUCCUAUUUAGGGCAUUGAUACUGGAUCAGCAUUUUUUCACUUUUGAUUCAAGCUGUUCUGUGACUGUUGAGUUUUUGUUGUUCUAUUUUCAUGUCUUCCUUCAGGGGACAUUCCUUUGGUGCAA